AUGUAUCAGUCAAGAUGUCUCACAAUUUUAUUCUGCUGGACAAUUUGUCAAAGUUAUUCUCAGCCGUUUGACGUCAAAAUGAAUUCCAAUGACACCAACAAAACAAGAAUAUUUUCCCCCCGGAUGGAUUACGACGAGUGGACACCAUUGGGCCGUGGAGAUCCUUUAAAGAACGAUCCGACAUUUGAUUACGUCCCUCCAGUUUUGGACCGUGUUCAGUAUUGGCUAGACACCCAAACUAGUACUGAAGCUUCAUCAAAACGCGACAUUCUCAUCUUAGGAGUCACUGCCAAGAAGACAAGCCCGAAGAUAUCUGAACACUACCUGAAAUUUGCCGAUUCUCCAAAGCUGACUCGAAUCCAAGAGUCUCAAGAUGGUUUCCGGAAUGAUUUCACUGGGAGUACGGGAGCGGAACCUCCCAAGCUAGUAAGGGCUACUAAGUUUCGGACAAACAUCAACGUCAAUGGAAACUCCAUAGACUUCAGGAAUCAAAAUCGGAUUCAAUCACUCCCAGCCAGUUACUAUCCAAGCCCUUACUACAACGAAAAACCCAAACCCUACACAAUGAUGAUGCCGCCGCCAAUUAACCAGAAAUCUCAACUGAACCAAUUCGGAUCUCUGAAUGAAGAAGUAACUGUUGCUUUCCGACCAGGACAUCUGAGAAUUCCUCAAAAAGCUCCGCUGUCAACUUCACUAGCUUUCGAUAAAUCAAACCUAAUCUACCAAUCCACCCAAACUUUGGAUCCUUGGACGGGCAAUUCAGAGUCAUCGAUAAACACGUGGCUCACCAACGACAAGUAUGACGAUCACUUCGACCAUCACGCAGCAGCAUCUUCCAACCACCAAGUAAUUAUGGGGCAGAACACCAACAUAAUUGUCGAUGACAGCCAGAAAAACGAGCAAGUUGUCGUCGGGAAGAAAGAAGUUUCAAUCGAAGAAUCAAAUAUGCUUGAAAACAAAACUGCUCCCGAAACACACGUGGUGUUACCAAACACUUCCACUUCUGAUGAAAGCGUCACAGUCACAGUUGUCAUGCCAAUGAAUUAUAAAUCCAAUGUUUCUGAGGAAAAUGAACCAACCACCACUGUCUUCAUGACAAUACCCACACUGUCUACCACCAUCACGACAAUGUCUACUCCAAUUCCAAUCCAAUCAACAAGGACUCCAUGGCGACAAUCAAAACUUCCUCCCCGAGUGUUCCCAAGGCGACCAGGGCAUCCAGAAAUGAAGCACAUUCCCAAUAAUGAAAUGAUCCAUCAAAUGCCCUUGCAAAAGCUGCCGCUAACUUCAAUGCAAGCACCAACAACUGUUGAUCCAAUGCGACGGCAAGUUUUGGAUAACUCAGACAUCAAAUCACCGUUGGCAGCUAUUCUGAAUCAGGAAGAUUUGAUGAGAAUGACUAUGACAACUUCAACUACUUCUGCUACUCCUACUGCUGCUUUUACUGCAUCUACUAGGAACCCUUUUGAAAAAUCAACUACAGCUGAUCCUCCGACAACGAUAUUAUCCAAUGAACAAAGCAGCAACUCAAUUUCGUUUCAUUCCAAGCAGCCUAUCCACAAACCGAUGUAUCUGAUAAUUCAAGGCCACUCGAAAGUGAAGACGUACAAACCGACCGUUAUUAAGCACAGUUUGCCUCCUGACAAUGCUAUUGCCUCGAGGUCUAAAAUGAUGACGACCAGUCGACCUAUCUCAAAGUUCGAACAGUUUGUUAAUGACAAUACGAGGGUUGCACCGACAAUGCUGCCACGAAAUACUGAGAAUAAUCAGGAGGUGAAAGCUGCUAAGGAGAAACGAGUCGAACAUGACAGUCUGCUCAGUCUUGUUGAGAGCGGCUUGAGUGCAUUGACUGCACCACCACUAACAACCUUAAAUUCAGCGACUAUUGAUCAAGAUAACACCGACAGUACUUAUGAUGAUGAUGAUGAUGAUGAUGAUUUAUUGAUUAACAAUUGA